GACGUGUUGUUAUGUACGAUCGUCUUUCCUUGCGUAGCAACACAAUUAACAAAAUCACGCUGCCAUUAAAAAACCCCCAAAACUCAUCCAUGUCAACGUUUCUUCAAUCUCCUCCAAUCAACACUUCCCCCUCUCCUCAGCGCCACCGCUCAUGGCUCCACCACCGCCUCCUCCGCUCUCCACCUCAGACUCCACCGCCUCCGACUCGCCAGAAUCCACGUCCUCUCCCGUCGACUCUUCUGCCUCUGGUAUGCUAAACUACCGCCGGUUUCCCCUCCUCGUACCUCUCUGCAAAGAGCUCAGCGGCUCCGCCGCAGCUCAAUCCACGGCUGCGCGGCAGCUCUUGCAAACUCAAACGGAUGCUUCCGCUCCGAGAAUCACCUCUGCCGGCCGCAAUCUCAAUUUCCGGCCGGUCAUCGGAAUCCUCAGUCACCCAGGGGACGGCGCCUCCGGCCGCCUUAACAACGCUCCCAAUGUUUCCUACAUUGCGGCCUCGUAUUCCAAGUUUGUUGAAUCUGCGGGUGCUAGAGUUAUACCUCUUAUCUACAAUGAACCUUGGGAGGUUCUUUAUGGAAAACUGAGUUUGGUCAAUGGAGUGAUCUUCACAGGAGGCUGGGCCAAAAAAGGUCUUUACGCUGAGGUUGUUGAAUCAAUAUUUAAGGAAGUCUUGAGAAAAAAUGAUGCUGGAGACCAUUACCCUUUGCUUGCUAUCUGCUUAGGUUUUGAACUGGUGAUCAAGAUCGUGAGUGAGGAUAACAUGAUCCUAGAGAGAUUUAAUGCAGUAGAUCAAGCUUCAACAUUGCAAUUCGUGGAGAACAUAAACAUGAAUGGAACUGUAUUUCAUAGGUUCCCUCCCACUUUAUUAAAGAAGCUCAGUACAGACUGCCUAGUGAUGCAACAUCAUAAGCAGUUCGGGAUAUCACCCGAAAAAUUCCAAAACAACAAGAGAUUAUCUAGCUUCUUUAAGAUUUUAGCAACUAGUGCAGAUGAGGAUGGCAAGGUCUAUGUUUCAACUGUGCAGGCACGGAGAUAUCCAGUAACCGGUGUGCAAUUUCAUCCAGAGAAAUGACACGGUGGCAGCCGAAAAUGACAUAUGUAGAGCCACCAGAAAUGACAAUUGGACUACAAAAUUGACACCUAAAAAAUAGUAAUAUUUUAAAAACAAAAAAAAUAAAAACAAAAAAUUAAAUCCUGCCCCCAUCGUCCUACCCCUAACCCAAACCCUAAUUUACCCUCCCCCACCUGCACCAGCUGCCGCCCCCCACCCCACCCGCUGCCGCUGCCCCCGCCCCCGCCAUCGUCUUUCCCCUUCCCCUAACCCAAUCACACACAGAAUUCAAGAAACACACACAGAAACACUGAUACACAUGCUCUCCUUCUCCCUCACUAACCCCGGUGGAAGUCUCGGCGAAGGGCCGCCAUCGCCUCCCUCCGAUGCAGCAGCAUCAACCGUAGGAGGAGCCACGGCCACCUGUGUCUCCCUCUCUCUCCCUAGAUCUGAAAAUCCCUAACCACGCACAUCGCCUCAAAUCCAACCAGGACGAGGAGCACGACUCCGUUCAGGCGUCCGUGCGCCGCCUCACCGCUGUAGACCCAUGGCGGCCAAGAAUUCUCCGAUGCAAAGCUCCUCGCCUCGUCUAAUCCAG